GAUGGCCUCAGCGCCUUCUCCCACCCAUCCUCGUAUCAUGAACUUUUCUCCCUACCAGCCACCUCCCGACGUGCCCUCGACAGACCCCCCAGAGCCGUCCAAGAAGACGAAGAGCAAAUCCAAACGACCAUGGUUCAACCGAGAUCCUUCUUCCUAUAAUACGAAUUCUUACCAGUCCGGUGGCUCUAUUUCAGACCCAACUGCGGUCCCGCAAGCAUACUCGAACGACCCCGAGUCGGCUGCAUUCUUGGACUCUGGCGUCCAAGGCGGAGGCCUGGAGGCUGAUAGGGCGAAUGCCUGGGAGAGUAGGUUUGGAUGGCGUGUGGACCUUAUGGCCGCAGCUGCUUAUCUUGGCGGACCGGUGACUGCCUUGUUCUUUUUGAUUCUCGAGACCCGAAAUGACUAUGUCCGCUUCCAUGCCUACCAAUCAUCCCUCCUGACGACUCCCAUUCUCGCCCUUCUCCUCAUAUUCAAUCUCAUCAUCCCCCUCCCCUCGUUCCUCCGCACUCUCUUCAUCCUCGCCUCAAUCGGAGGCACGCUAUACGCUGCGUUCAGGGCUUGGAAAGAUGCCCAGGAAGGGCUGGAGAGGUUCUGGCUGCCAUACAUAGGGCCCAUUGCGGAGAGAUGGGUCAGUGAAGAGUAGCAUCUUGAGCCGACUCGAGCAGAUGAGACGAGCCUGUCGUAAUAGGAUAUGCAUGCUGUCAGACCAUCUUUGCGUGUGUUACUGCUACAGCGUUCGGAGAG